CCGCAUUCUCAAACUGAGUUACCGCUGCUUGGACGUGGGCAUAUCGGUGGUAUAUCUGUCGCGUUUCUUAACACGUUCUUGCUCCGGGGAACGCCAGGCAUUACCCUGCAGCAGGACUGUAACGGCACAAUGAUGAACAGGAACGGAAUGGUCACAAAGAUUCGCACGCGGAUAAGGACCGACCCAUUCAAGAACAACUAUGACCUGGUCGGCAAAGAGCUUGGCAGGGGCAAGUUUGCAGUAGUGAAGAAGUGUGUGGAGAAAACUACUGGCAAGGAGCACGCUGCGAAGUUCCUGAGGAAAAGGCGGAAGGGUCAGGACUGCCGAGGCGACAUUCUGAAUGAGAUCGCGGUGCUGGAGUCAGCCAAGGCGAAUCCCUAUGUGGUGGCACUGCACGAGGUCUAUGAGACCACCACAGAGAUCAUCCUCGUCUUAGAGUGUGCUGCCGGAGGUGAAAUUUUUAACCAGUGUGUUGCUGAUAACGACGAGGCCUUCACAGAGAAAGACGUCAUCCGAUUGGCCAGACAGAUUCUGAUGGGCGUGGCCUGUCUCCAUCAAAACAACAUAGUUCAUUUGGACCUUAAGCCUCAGAACAUCCUGUUGACGAGUGCCAAGCCACUGGGUGACAUCCGUAUUGUUGACUUCGGCUUAUCUCGGCGGGUGGACAGUGUGUCAGAGUUACGGGAGAUCCUGGGCACUCCCGAGUAUGUGGCUCCUGAGGUCCUGGACUAUGAGACCAUCAGCACAGCUACUGACAUGUGGAGCAUUGGGGUGCUGAUUUACGUGAUGCUCACAGGAGAGUCACCUUUUCUGGGAGAAGAAAAGCAGGAGACCUUCCUGAACAUCUCCCAGGUCAAUGUGGACUACUCACAGGAUGUCUUUCAGGGCAUCUCUGACCUCGCUGUGGAUUUCAUCCAGUCACUGCUCAUCAAAAACCCCAGGUAGGGAUAGUUGGCUGUUAUUUGUAAGAGUGGAUUAUGUUUGUCUCUCUCUCUCUCUCAACACGCUUUGGACGCCCCUCUAGAUGAGCAAGAAGCCAGCCAAUCCGAAUCAGAGCCUGAAAGUCCUGUCCCCUCCCCAGAACUUGUCAUCAUCCCUUCAUAUCCCACCUGGCCAGGCCAGGGGGAGCUGAAGACGGGUUGGGACACUUUCAGUUUCACAGAACCAUUCCCACCUCGUCCCGAGAUACAACAAGAACUCAUCUGUUAAGCAACGGACAUGAUUGCCCAAUCAGAGGGCCUCUGUGUUAACGACCUGCCAGACUGGUGUGGCCUACUUUGGACUGGACGGCGGCGGUGGUCUACUCGGGUGUUUGCAGCACCGUUGUAUGUGUGUGUGAAAUCUUUGUGUCGUCUUGUGUGGGAUACGUAGCCAUCCUGGUCUGUGAAUGCGAGUUGACCUCCCUUAUGACCACAGAGGUGUGCGCGUGUGUCUACAACAGAUCUGAAUGAGAUUUUUUUUAAAGCCCCUUAAUAAAGCAUUCUUAAGCUCUUGGUCAAGGUUCUUAACUCAACGCACCACAAUGGAUUGUUUAUACUUUUAGAGUGGAUUGAACCUUCUCUGCUGUCUGUACUUGGUCCAAAACUCAAGUCGGAGUCUCCCCAGGAAGUGCCUGCUGCAUUGUAGGAAGGAAAUGGAAAGCUCUGAUAAAUUGACUGAUGUUUUAUUCAUCAUUGCUCUUCACUGGACCAACGCAUUAUAAAAUAUUCUGAAGAACUGACACUGCUUCUCUCCUCAAACAGUAGAUUUGACAUCAUUCUGCUUCUUUAGAAGUGGCACCUGCAUUUUAAUGAACUGAUUCACAGAGACUACUUUUGUUUUAGCACUUUCGGUGGGAAUAAAUUUGUACUAAAUCUCCCAACAAGCACAUUUAAGUAGUUCAACAUGGUCAUUCAUACCCACAAGCCACUGUUUGUUUGAUUUCUCUCACCGUUUCUGUACCACUUUUUUCUUUUUCUUAUUCAUAGCAAGUUUGCUAUAAUUGCACAAAUGUCAUGUACCGUUGUUGUUGUUUUCAAGAGGUAUUUUUGCCUUUUUGUAAUAUAUUCUGUAUGUUAUUUUUUGUGUCUGGUAAGGCAUCAUGGGUAUCGAGAGGUAAAUUUUCCAAGUCGUCCGUGAUGGAGUGGGGCUUAUGACUGAGGGCCGCUCAAAGUCUUCUGGGAUUUGAGCAUUUCAGACAGUUGUGGAAGAUGUUUGCAUUUUCAGAAGAACAGAGUACAACAAAACAAAAGGCUUUGAUAAUUGUAUAUUUUUUAUUUUAAAAAAAGAAUGUAAAAAUGUAUUUUUCUACAGUUGUGGUAUUUUAAGAUUAAUAUGAGAAAAUAAAUUGUAAUAUUAUUAUUAUUAUUAUUUUUAUUUUUUUUUAACCAGUUGUGCUUAUAGAAGUUUGCACUUGCGUCCAGUUGGACUACUUAUGUAUUAUUGGCAUGCCUGGCAAGAUAUUGAAGAAAAUAAAUGAUCAUUUUGUAUUAAA